AUGGACAUUGACGACGCCAACCUAGCGGUUGCGGUGCAAAGAGCCUUGGACGAGGCGCAGGCCAGGAGUCGACGUCGGCAGCAACGAACUAAGAUCUUUCGUUCGACUUUAGCUUGCGCGAGGAGCCUCCUUGUAAGAAGCAGAAGGUGGGGCGUUUUCGAUUUUUCCUCGGUAACAUGCUGCUUGCUGCGACUUGUGCCCGGCGCAAGGCCACGACGGGUGUCAAGUACUGCCAAGGCUUGGAAGCUCAGUCUUGCAAUUUUUUUGAUCCGGAAGGAGCCAAGAGCCCAGCCAAGUAAGUUGUACCGAGGCACCGACACAGAACCAUGCAUCUUUGGUCCCAACGGGCAAAAGGCCCAACCGAACGGGCCUGCGCGGUGCUUGUUUUGCGACACGGUCAAACUGAACGAUGCUUUUUUGCAGCCGAACAGCAGCCUGACGGUCAAAGCCCGAUUCGCCCGCUUGCCCUGCAGCGCGUGGAGGACGCAGGUUUUCGACGGUGGUUGGAGGGAUCUCAGCGUCCAGCGCGAGCCCUGGUCGUGGAACCAAAGCCUCCGGUGGAGACAGUGCGCCAAGUGGCAGCGCAGAAACACAAAUGGGACGACAGAGCAGCGCCCUAUGACCCAGACUUCGCGCCUGUGCGCGGUGCCUCAGCGUUCAGCGGCCGAGUACCAACAGGUGCGGGUGGCGGACCGCGGGAAGUCUUUGAACAUGUCCAAGCUACCUGCAGAGCGCUUAGCCCGAGGGGCCGGCGCAGAGAUCCCCAACACAGACCCCUUGCCGAAGGCGAGGCAGUCACGGCAAGCCGCGUCUCUGCAAUUGUGGUGUGAAUACAACAGUUGGCAAAUGUGCAUGGAGUGCAAAGCGAUCCAGCCACGGGCCCUGACCCCGGCGGGCAUGGACAAGCUUCUCAGCCCUUGGUGCCCCAAGUCUGUCUGCAUAUUUUGCCGGGGACUACGAGCCGCGCCGCGGCCGACGAUGCCGCCGGCCGCGCUCCAGAACUUGCCAGCAAGUGUCGUGGAAGCGCUCCGCCCUGCGGUCCCGAACUUCGGCCCAGUGCAGUGCUCCAAAGACCGGUUCGGCCGGGACAAUGGGUAUCGAGCGCACGCAGCUUUGGUGACGUUCGAGUGGUGUGCCACGGCGGUAGAGGACCGCAUCCAGCAGCUCCCAGCAGCGUUGUGCACUGUGGCAAGUCAAGCGUUCGAUUGGCUCCUACAAACUCCGGCGCAGAACCACAGCAGAUUCCUGUUGGCCAACCCUCAAGCGGACCAAAGACAGAGGAAGCGCUGGCUGAGAUUUCUGGAGACCGAAGGGCUAGAGUGCGCGCUUUGGCCGCACUUGUUUCCUCAGAGAAAGCAGUGCCUCACAUGGGCCAGGCUGCAAUCCAGCAGCCGUCAAAGUCGGCAAGGCGCAGCUGGCACCUUGGAACAACGUCUAGGUUUCGCCCCGGCCCCUGCAGAGCCUGUUCUGGAAGACGUCACAGGUACCAAGAGGUCGUUCAUGGCACUGGUGCUGUCACCCCUCCUUGACUACAGCAUGAGCUACGAGCUCCUGCAUUUUGCAUGGGAUUUGAACCUGUGGACCACGCUGGGCUCCAAAAAAAACUUACACCUAGGGGUGCCCAUGCGUCUGCUGCUGAAAGGGCACAGCUUCACUUCGGAGUAUUGGAAAGACCUGCAUCGAGGUUUGGUGGACCUUGCCCGCCAGAAGGGCUUUCCACCAUUGUUUUCCACGCAUGCACCCUUCGAGUGGAACUUCCCCAACCAUUGCUUCAUCGUGGACGCAAUGGCGAAGGCGCGCCAAGGUCGCCUGGAAUACCCCAUGGCGGAAGCUUUGCACCAAGCCCAUGUGCUCACACAGGUUGGCCUCAACUUUGUGUCGGGGCACAACUGCCCGAAGGAGCGCAAGGACGCAGACUACGUGCACCAGCUUCUUCAACGAACACGAGAAGACGGGUCCAAUGUGCCGCUUUCCACCUUUUUACGCUUGGAAUUUCAAGAUGGAAAACGGCGGGCCGUCAGUCAAUCGUACCAUGGGUCUGGCAGGGCACAUGCACACCAACUUGAUUUCGUUUCUCGCUCCAGACGAGAAGAAGACGUUCGAGCUCUACGGCUGGACAAAUGCAUGAGCGCUUCAUUGGAUGGAUUGCCUGAACCCCUCAAGCAUUUUGCAAGGGCCGCACAAGUCGACGAGCGACCGGGACGCGGGCGGUGGCCCGUGUGUGAAGAGCCAAGCCGCUGGAACCCGGUUUUGGGACAGUAUGAUUUCCACCAUAGUGCGGCCGACAAGGCCCUUGGCUUGCGCGGGUUCUUCGCGCCGUUGCUGGAGGCCACCCGAGGGCAUCAAGAUGUGCAGGUGGACAUGCCGGGACAAACCAACUUUGCUGCAUACACGACGAAAUAUGCCCCAAAGUUUAGUGAUUCUCUGCACGAGGAGCUGCUCAACGACGACGUCGAUGGCAACAGCCUCGCGGCAUCGGUCUUGUCCCGAUACCAUCCCUGCGUACCCGAAAUGUUGCUUCAGAUGUUCGGGUCCAUCUUACCGCAGUGGAGCGUCACCACUUGGAGCAAAGGCCGGAAGGACUUCCGCGUUCCUGUGCCAGACGCCCCCGAAAUGGCGGCGGAAGUACGGCUGUACAUGGAAUCCACAUGGCGAGGAGAGGACAUGCCCUUGCUAGAGUUUUUGAGAAAAACAAAUGACCAAGGUGGCAUUUCUGGUUGGGUCGUCCAAGCUUGGAAGAAAUCGGGCGAAGACGUGGCGCUGGAGGUCUUUGCCAACCGUUGUCCCAUGGAAGGCGAGAAGAUAGUUGCUUGCACCAUGGCCUCGAGGCUUCGGGAUCGGUUCUACGGACAAUGGCUGACCUUGAACGUUCCCUUUCGAGACCCGCGGGUUUUCCAAGUCCCGGAUUUGGAACAACGAGUGCCCGCCACGGACCACUACUUGGCCAUGUGCCUCGCUUGCGCUCACCCCGUCGCAGUCGCCAUGUGGAGCAAUCUUCAGGCAGUCGAAGAGGACAUGAUGUAUGAAGGCCACGGCCAAGUGCAUCGCAAAAUGGUGCUGGACCACGUCAAGACCCAGAGCUACCUCGUCCAGCAGUAUUUGCACGGUGCUCUCACGCCACCUCCGGCGCUGGCAGCGCCUCUGAGACAGAUCCAACGAGCGCACCGGCUCAGCAUCCAAAAGCUUUACAGUCAACAGGUGUUGUGCGGGGCGAAGACCGUGGAGGCACGUCUCAACGAAGGUGUGGCCAAGGAAGUCAUGGUGGGUGACCUCUUGCUGUUGGGCGCCGCCCGUGUCGAGGUGGCGCACAAGGAGAUUUACGCCAGUUUUGGCGAUAUGCUCGAGGCCGUGGGGUUUGAGAACGCGCUGCCGAACGCCAACACCUUCGAGGAGGCCUUGGAGACCUACCACGGUUUCCGCGGGUAUGCGGCCAAAGAGGGCGUCCAUGGUGUUGUUGCCUUUUGGUUGCAGGAGCCUUCUGCGGCGCCCCAAGCGCCGCUGUCGUGGAACCAAGCACAGCUCCGCUGGAAGGCUCUGAUGUCCGAAGAUUUGGCCCGCGCUGUGGAGGCCUACGAGGCCGCAACAGAAGGCGACUUGGAUGCUGCUCGAGAAGCCUGUUGGUGGAACAACAAGAUUCGCGCCCUGGAAGGCCCCCCUGGCACCGGAAAGACCACGGUCGCGAAGGCCCUAGUGCAGGAAGCAGUCGAGAGCGGAGUGAAAGUGUUGUGGACCGUAUACACAGCGCAACUGGCAUCUCGCAUGAAAGACGAACUGGGGCCCACAGUAGAUGUGGACACGUGCCAUGCUGCACUGGGACUUGGCUUAGACAUGAUGGAGUGCCGCUACAACCUUUCAUCCUAUGGUUUGAUCAUCCUCGAUGAGUUUAGCCAGCUACAAGGAGCCGACUUCAUCCAUUUCCUGGCGCUCUACCAGGCCAUCGACCGCGCAGCCGCCGUGGGUCUAUUGGGCGACCGUUGCCAAGCCGCCGGCUUUGGCGAUUUGCGCGCAUGGCACGUGCCAGAGUGGAAGAAAGUCGUGCAUUGCACACAGUUGCACGAGCUCUAUCGAUGCAAAGACCCAGAGUUUCGCAAGCUUUUGAAUGUGCUGAGGACUUCGAAGCCAACUGCUACGGGCCGUGCCGGCACAGUGAGCGUGCCACAGAUCAUGAAAGGUCGGCGGGCGUGGAAAGGGCAUCGCCCGCGCAUGGAAGACAUCCGAAGGCACGCCCGCGCAGCUUUUUGUUUUUCAAUGUGUUCCGUUAGGUUCUUGUCCCCCUCACCCAACGAAAACCGCUAG